GGGAAUUUGCAAACAAAUCAGAUCCGUGCAGGUGUAGACUUACAUCUCCCCGACCAAUCACAGUAGAGAUCUGAAGUCUAUAUAUAGCUGCUCCCAAACCCCCUCACAUACCUGCCGCAGGUAAAACAACAGACCGCAUCUCGCAAGCACGCUCAAAGCCACUUCUAAACCGCACCAUGUCAUUCAUGAGCCCUUCCAGGAGUUUCUCCAGCUCAAGUCUGUCUGGUAGCUUGGGGUCAAGGGGUGGUUUGUUCGGGUCCAUUUCCCCAGCCACUAUAGGGAAUCUGGCAAACACACUGCGUCCGACUGUGCAGAUCAACAGCAGCACUUUUCCCCCAGCUGAUGAUAAAGAGACCAUGAAGGGUCUGAAUGACCGUCUGGCGGGGUAUCUGUCAAAAGUGCGACUCCUGGAGGACUCCAACAUUGAACUGGAGAAGCAAAUCAAAGAGGCUCUGAUGAGGAAAGGAGCUGAGAGUGACAGAGACUGGAGCGCCUAUGAGAAGAUCAUGAAUGAUCUGAGAAACCAGCUCCAGGAAAUGACCAUGGACAAUGCCAGACUCUUCUUACAGAUAGACAAUGCGAGGCUGGCUGCUGACGAUUUCAAAGUCAAGUUUGAGUCGGAGCAGGCCAUGCGGCAAGGGGUGGAGCAGGAUCUGGCAGGACUCCGUAAGAUGCUGGACGACACUUACAUGGGCCGCAUGCAGCUGGAGGGCCAGAUCGAGUCUAUGAGAGAAGAGCUGGUGUUCCUGAAGAAGAGCCACGAGGAGGAUGUUGCCAACCUGGAGAGUCAGAUCAGUGACUCUCAAGUCAAUGUGCAAAUGGAGUCUAAAAACAAUGCAGACCUCAAUGAGACCAUUAAUAACAUCCGCACGCAGUACGAGCGAGCCGCACAGAAGAGCCGCGAGGAAACUGAAGAGUGGUAUAAAAACAAAUUUGACAGCAUCACAGCUGAGGUGACUCAGAACACAGAAGCUCUGCAGGCAGGAAAGACCGAGCUGAACGAGCUGCGCAGGACGAAACAAACUCUAGAAAUUGACCUGCAGGCUCUGCACAAUAUGAUUCGAUCCCUCGAAGAUUCGCUGCGUGAAACAGAGGCACGUUACGCUCAUGAAGUCAAUGGGUACAACUCUGGAUUGGUGCAGCUGGAGGGAGAGCUGGGACAGGUGCGAGCGCAGGUGGAGCGUCAGGCGGCCGAGUAUGAUGCCCUGCUGAACAUCAAGUCCAAACUGGAGGCAGAGAUUGCUACUUAUCAUUGCCUCCUGGAGGGUGUUGUUGACGACGAGGGGGACAAAAAUAGAGAGGAAUUUUCUUUAGAGCAGGCGUUGUAUGCAGCUCCUCCGCCUUCCGUCGGACUUAAGAAAGCCAUCGUCAUCACGCAAGAAAUAGUGGACAGAAAAGGGGUCUCUCAGAGUGAACUUGAGCAAAAUCCUACUAAUCACAACAACCACGUUUUUGGGGAGGAAGAGGAGUUGGCAGAACCACUGGUGUUAGCUUUGGAGUUAGCAAUGGAAAAGGUGAAAGACGAGCAAGAGGAGUUUGGAGAACAACUGGAGUUAGCAAUGGAAAAGGCAAAAGACGAGCAAGAGGAGUGGGGAGAACAACUGGAGUUAGCGAUGGAAAAGGCAAAAGACGAGCAAGAGGAGUGGGGAGAACAACUGGAGUUAGCGAUGGAAAAGGCAAAAGAUGAGCAAGAGGAGUUUGGAGAACAACUGGAGUUAGCGAUGGAAAAGGCAAAAGACGAACAAGAGGAGUUUGGAGAACAACUGGAGUUAGCAAUGGAAAAGGUGAAAGACAAGCAAGAGGAGUUUGGAGAACAACUGGAGUUAGCGAUGGAAAAGGCAAAAGACGAGCAAGAGGAGUGGGGAGAACAACUGGAGUUAGCGAUGGAAAAGGCAAAAGACGAGCAAGAGGAGUGGGGAGAACAACUGGAGUUAGCGAUGGAAAAGGCACAAGACGAGCAAGAGGAGUUUGGAGAACAACUGGAGUUAGCGAUGGACAAGGUGAAAGAUGAGCAAGAGGAGUGGGGAGAACAACUGGAGUUAGCGAUGGAAAAGGCAAAAGACGAGCAAGAGGAGUGGGGAGAUCAACUGGAGUUAGCGAUGGAAAAGGCAAAAGACGAGCAAGAGGAGUUUGGAGAACAACUGGAGUUAGCGAUGGAAAAGGCAAAAGACGAGCAAGAGGAGUUUGGAGAACAACUGGAGUUAGCGAUGGACAAGGUGAAAGAUGAGCAAGAGGAGUUUGGAGAACAACUGGAGUUACAGUUGGAGUUAGCGAUGGAAAAGGCAAAAGAUGAGCAAGAGGAGUGGGGAGAACAACUGGAGUUAGCGAUGGAAAAGGCAAAAGAUGAGCAAGAGGAGUGGGGAGAACAACUGGAGUUAGCGAUGGAAAAGGCACAAGACGAGCAAGAGGAGUUUGGAGAACAACUGGAGUUAGCAAUGGAAAAGGCAAAAGACGAGCAAGAGGAGUGGGGAGAACAACUGGAGUUAGCGAUGGAAAAGGCAAAAGACGAGCAAGAGGAGUGGGGAGAACAACUGGAGUUAGAGUUGGAGUUAGCGAUGGAAAAGGCAAAAGAUGAGCAAGAGGAGUGGGGAGAACAACUGGAGUUAGCGAUGGAAAAGUGGAAAGAUGAGCAAGAGGAGUGGGGAGAACAACUGGGGUUAGAGAUGGAAAAGCUUAUAGAAGAGCGAGAGGAGUUAGAAGAAGAAGAGUUUAUGAAGACAGGGGUGCUCCCUAGGAGUGCCCAUAAAAUCUGGCCACCCCUACAAUAAUUUUGCCAUGGGUAUUAUUAAUUUAAAUGCAUAAUGUAAAUUCAUAAUAGUUCACAAAAUGAAAGAAAACUAAAUGCAGCCCGAAAAAAGAUUGUAGAUUGGCACCACCAGAGUAGCUUUGUCACUCCAAAGCUCAUGAAAAUCACAUACCAGUUAUAUACCAUGUUAAUCGUGUGUUUAUAAGCUUCAUGUUCUUCUGUAGCUAAUGCUAAUCAAAAUGUGUAAAUCAGUGGAAAAUGAAAAGAAAUUAUGAUUCUGUCUGAAGAAAUAUAAAGUAAAGUGUAAAAAUAUACAUUUUGCUCCUAAGUAUGAGCACUUUUGGAUUGUAAACCCUUAUUGAAGCUGUGAAGACAAAUUAACCGCAGCAGACUCGACUGAAUAUGAAUGGGUGUUAUUAUUCUAUUCAAAAUACCAUACAUUACCAAAUUAUUAUUUUGCAUAAUUAAAAGAAUUAAGAAACCAAAGUAAAUAAGUAUAACAAAUAUUUUACAUUACAAGAAGGGUCUCAAGAUAUGAAGGAGAACGAGUGACAUUGUAUUGCUACGUCUCAUCCUAAUCUUACAGCAUUAUUGGUUCUUCAUUUCUGUAUUUCUUUCCUUCUUAUAGCUCAGUUUUUCUUUGUGAUGACCAUGACUUUUUAUUAAUCUACUGUACCACAAUAAAACGUGUAUGAGCUUUAUCUCUUGGCUAGCGUUGUUAUUUUAGAAUGUAAAUGACCAAUCAGAAGUUUGGGUUCCGUAAGAACAUUUGUUUUCGAAGCAAGACAUUUAUAAUAUUACAAAAGAUUGCCAUUUCUCAAAGAAUGCUAAAAAAAAUGGAUCACGAUUUCCACAAGAAUAUGAAUCAGCACAGGCAUUUUCGACAUUGAUAAUAAUAAGAGGUUUCUUGAGCAGCAGAUUCAAUUGAUUUCUGAAAGAUCAUGUGACACUGAAGACCGUAUCAAUGAUGCUGAAAAUUCAGCUUUAAAUUACAUUAUAAAAUAUAUGUGGAGGUCUUUUUAUUUUAUGCCAAAAAUCAUUAGGACAGUAAAGAUCAUGUUCCAUGAAGAUAUUUUGUAAAUUUCCUACUGGUGAUAUAUUAAAACUUAAUUUUUUAUUAGUAAUAUGCAAUGCAUUCGUACAACUUUAAAGUUGAUUUUCUCAAUAUUUUGAUUUUUUUUUUUUUGCACCAUUAGAUUCCAGAUAGCUGUAUCUUAACAAACCUUACAUCAAUGGAAAGCUUAUUUAUUUAGCUUUCAGAUGAUGUAUAAAUCUCAAUUUAGGAAAAAAAGACUCUUUUCACUGGUUUUGUGGUAUAAGAGUCGUAUAUUAAAACUAAAAGUUACUUUGAAUUGUAAUGAGAUUUCA